UGUUGUUACAAUCGCGCCCCGGCUUUUUGCGGUGCCGCGCGCGCACCAUCGAUCAUUCGCUGACGCCGCCGCACUACCGUUUUCGUCGUGCGUGCGGUCAUAAUAAUAAUAUUGCCGCGGAACAGAUGUUCGACGGGAAAAAAUUUCUCCUGACGUCACGCGCGCGCCAAGAAAAAGCGACGAAAAAACCGCCGAGACGACACACGAACACACGACACACAUACACACACACACACGCACAUACACACACGCACAUACACACACGCACACGCACACACACACACACGCAUACAUAUACAUACGCAUACGCGCGCGCGCGCGACAGCGCGCCCACGCGAACACGCGCUCAGUAUAGUUUGCUGUCCGCGAGCGUAUAAUACGCAUAGACGCGCGGUGCAACAGGAGGCGAUGGCGACGACGGGAAACGGUUACACAAUAUUGUUAUGCGGCCCCGUCGUCCGGUCGGUCGAUCGUCUUUAACAGCAUGUACACGUCGUCAUCGUCGGCCGCGGACAAAUACGGCACCGGGAGGACCGCGGCGGUGUCCAAGUACCAUCAUCACGGCAAUUCGUCUUUGUCGUCGUCGUCGUCGUCGUCGUCGUCGUAUGGCGUGUUGACCGAGUUCAGCCCCGAUUGCCGGUCCAGGGCGUACAAUAGCGUGCCCAGGCAGGUAAUACCGUCGUCCUCGGUCCGGUCCAGCCCGCGGACCCUGACCGACAUCAACGGCAACAUCCGGUCGCUGAGCCUCAGCAAGACCCUGUCGUCGACGUCCUCGUCGACCCUGGGAUCCCGCGGUGAAACUACAACCAGCAGCAUCGGCAGCAAGACCAGCAACAUCACUGGCUCAGCUACUCUGCUGCUAGGCAACGACAAGCGAUAUGACGCAACGAAAAAACGUUUGGACGCGUUUUACAACAGAUCGCCGCCGUCGUCCCUGCUAAACAAGUCGUACAAUUACAAGGCCGGAAAUUUGUCGUACUUUGAAAAGUACAACAAACAGCAGCAGAAACCGCGGGACACGCCUCCCUGCAGCGAAACAGUGCAUCAGCCACAAUCCAGGUAUGUCAACAUGAACAAGAACAAGUACGGCACGGAUAACGGUGGCGGCACAUUGCAGGAACUAUCGUGCAGGUCUUCGUCGGACUCUAAAAAGGGGGUGGUGGGUAUCCGAAACAUCGGCAACACGUGCUAUAUGAACUCUGUGCUGCAGUGUCUGAGCAACACCAAGAGCCUGACAGACUACGUUUUGGCCGAUCCCGACGGCGCCGACGGCAAACUCAUCCGGGUGUAUCGGGAUCUCUUGACUCGGAUCUGGACGGGAAACGACAAUCAUCCUGUCGACACGACCGCGUUUAAGUCGACGUUCCAGCGGCUGUCACCGCGGUUCGCGGGCUACGACCAGCAGGACUCGCAGGAGUUCCUGCGGCUGUUGCUCGACAAACUCCACAUGGACGUCAACAGGGUGAAGGUUAAGCCUCGCGCGGCACCGGACGUGGACGAGUCGCUCAAAGACAAUGCGCUGGCCGCUGACUUCUGGCAGAGGUAUCUAGCCACAGAUAACAGCACCGUGGUCGAUCUAUUCGCCGGGCAGCUUAAAUCGACGCUCGAGUGUUCCGUAUGCGGCCACAAGAGCAUUACGUUCGAGGUAGGCGCAUUUAUACCUACGCAAUUCGCGUACAACGAUUGACCCGAUUCCGUGGCCGCGAGAUUAAAAAUACAUAUUAUAAUAUGCUAUAUAAUACAUUCCACUGGCAAUUCGCCCGGUGACGCCGGCGCCUGCAAUAUACAGUACGGGGCAGAUAGACACAAAGUCAAUGUUUGUAUACUAAAACUCUGUAAUAGUUAAGUACAUAUAAGUAUAUAAACAAUGCCUUAGUCAUUCUACCCCGUACAAUACAAUACUAUUGUAUCUUAUAAUAAUAUAUAUAGAUAAUAAUGGGUUAUUAAUUGUAUGAUGCGCAGGUUUUUUGGGACUUGUCGCUGUCGUUGCCGUCGGGCGGUUCGGCCGACCAAAUGUCGCUCACACAUCUGCUGGAGAACUUUACGCAAGAAGAGGUAUUGGACUACCGCGAGCGGCCACGGUGCAGCGUAUGCAAGGUGGACAGGAAAAUGUACAAGGCGUACAGUUUCCAAAAGUUGCCCAGGUACCUGGUGCUGCAUCUGAAACGGUUCCAGGGCACUCAUUCGUACAAGAAGAUCACCGCGCUGGUGGCGUUCCCGCUGGUGGCGCUCGACAUGAGCCCGUACGUGUCCAGCUCGGCCCGCAGCAUACAGCCGCACCCGACCAAGUACAGCCUGUACGCGGUGUCCAACCACUCGGGCACGCCGAUAGCCGGCCACUACACCGCGUUCUGUAAACACCCGACUGUGGGCGACUGGAACUUCUUCAACGACAGUUCCGUGUCUAGGGUCACGUCAACGACCAAAUUAAUCAGCAAUGAGGCUUAUAUACUGUUCUACGAAGCCGCGAAUUAUUAACAUAACCCGGUAUAAUAAUAAUUCAUCAUCGAGUUUUUACCGGUGGUUAUUUUAUUAUUAAUUUUUAUUAUUACGAGUAUUAUGUAAUUAUAAUUUUUUGUUUUUGUAUCCGUCCACUGAUCGAGGCCUGAUAUCAAAAUAACAUCUAUAGUUUCGUAUUACCUAUAUAUUACAGUGGUGGCAUGACAUUUUUAUUUUUCUGUGAAGCAGUUUCAGUAAAAUUGCAAAAAACCGCAUACAGUCCUGAACCAGACGAACUAUAUUAUUGGUAAACUAUAUUAUUAUGACAGUGAAUAGACGUUUCUUCUAUACUUAACCUCUUUCAUUAUCACAUUUAAUGAUUAAGUAUUACACAUGCACCCAGCCAUCCACCUAUAAGUUGUUCGUGAAGCAGCAGCUUCAUAAGAUAUCCAUUAUUCACGCCGCCACUGUACCUAUAUAUUUUAUUAUUACAAUAAUAUUAUUAGGUAAAUUAUUGGUUCUAAACAAAACGUGUUCUACCGUAUAACACGCGUUAUAACUAAUAUUAUAUUUAUAUAGUUAUUAUUGUUAUUAUUAUUAUUAUUAUUAUACUUAAGUGUCAUUGUGGCAACAGUACUGAAGUGUACGACUAGUCAAAAUACCGCCAGUAAUUAUUAUACAAAUUAUAAUAAAUUAUACUAUUAUUUCGAUGCGUACGUUGGUGAGUUAGGGAGUGUAAGGGGUUACCGUGGUUUUACCAUAAUAAUAGUGUAUUGUUCGGUAGAAGAAUAAUAAUUAUUGAGGGGACGUGACACCGCCCGUAAAAAUUCGAUUGCAAAAACUGUUUAGUUCGAGGUAACACUGUUCUCGCACCAUAUUUAUAGAAGAAUUAUCGUAUCUAAAAAUUUCACAACGCCUAAGUUGAAUUUUGUACCGUAAUGACUGACGUGUUUAUAUUUUGUUUCUUAGCACAAAUGGAAAAAAUACAUUAAUUAACAAACGUUUUCUGUUUGUAAAAUUUUUGAUUUUUUUUCAUUUAUUUGUAAACAAUUGUUUGGGUAAACUCACGGACGUAUUUUUUGUUGGAGGUGAGGAGGGGUGAAAGAAGGGAGUUUACAAUGAAAGUAAUUGCCAUGGGCGCCAUAUUUCUAGAGGGCGUCACAAGACAUGAUGACCCUUUUUAUUUUUGCUACUCACUAAAAUAUAUAUGCCCAUGAGCUUAAUUGGUGAAAAUACGUCGUCACGUUGAUUUGAUUGAAAAUUUUGUAUACUUAUUAAAAUGUGUAGCGGUUUUUAUUUCUAAAUGUUUUACAAAUUGUCUAUAGGUAAUCUCUUUAUUACGGGCGGUAAAUAGGCGGAAUUUCAUUCAAAUGUCAAGGGAGGGGACUAAUAUUUGUAUAAAUCAUGUAAAUCAAUUAGGUUGCUCAAAAAUAAAAUUACUGUUUUGUAAAAUGUUUGGGGGGGACUUAUAGAUUAUUUGGGGACACUUAGCUUCCCCCAAUUUCCACCUCAUACAUCACGUCCUCUUGAUACAUUGUUGAUGUAUAAAAAACGUUUUAUAACAAUCGUGUUUACAUUAUACGGAUUAGGAUCGUUCUUAUUUGGGUGACUGCGGAAUUUUUGUUUUGAUGCCCUCUUACUUUAUUUAAAAAAAAAAAUAAUAAAAGUAAACAUUAAGCCGAUAAAAUGUAUAGAAAAUAUAUCGGGCAUUCCAAUUCACUUUAUUACUAAUAAUAAUUAUUUUUUUUUUUUUAGUUCCCUAAAAUAUCGUCAACGUAACGUGUCACAUCUUUGAAAAUCAUAUAAACAUUAAACAUCGAAUAUGGAUCGCUCUAUAUCAACUAAUAAGUAUUUCAUUCAAAAAAUAAUAUAUAUACAAAUGCACGGGUCCGUACCCACUUAUUAUCUGUAUAUAAUUUCAAUACACAUGGACUAUUUUAGGAACGCUUUUCGAUUGAUUUUAUUAAUUAAUACAGAGUGAAUCACAUUUCAUGUUCAUACGAUAUUCAAACAUGCGACAUCCUAAAAAUAAUUGAUUUUCUGAAUAUUAUAUCGAUGGCAUUUUAGGAAACUAAGAAAAAAUUAAUAAUUAUCAGUAAGAAUGUGACAUGGAAUGCUGCCCGGUAUAUUUUAAUUAUUUUUUCCCCUUAAAGCGUACUAUAACAACGAUCAUUUCAAGAAAAACUUUGCUCGUUAACUAUAAUAUACUGAAUGUCAUAUAAUUAUAAAAAAACGUAUUCAUUUUAACUUUACCCCGUUACAGGAGGAGUAAAAAUAUUGUCCUAGAAAGCUCAAAAAGGGUUCAAUAUUUAUUUUCUUAGAAUACAGUUGGGGAAACAAACAUUUCAUCAUCGCCCAAAUAAGAACCACCCUAAUACAAAUAUAAUGUAAUAGUGUCUCAACACCCAGUGUGCAUCCCAAUAAAUAAUUUUUUAAACAUUCAACAUUAGAAACUAGGUUUUGUUCAAAAUGCGCGCUUCAAACAGGAAAAAUAACACAUUGUAAUUGUUGCUUACACAUAAUAGACAAUAGUAAUUUAGAAAAUUCAGAUUUCAAAAAUAUAUUUAUUAUUGUUUAAAUAUAGACAUAAAUAAGCUAAUAUUACCGGGACACAUAUGCGUGGUGUGACACUCUGUAUAUUAUAUAUUCUAUAUCAUUAUAUUAUUAUAUAACUGUUAUAUUAUAAUCAGGGUAUGAAAAUGCAAACACACAUACAACAUAUAAUAAUAAUAUGUUUAGCGAUGUGUGUGUGUUAUUUUCCAUUAUAUGUUUUGUGGACUACUACCUAUUUACCAAAAGUUUGGCAGUGAUGUUAAGGGUUUUGUAAAAUCGCAUUUUAAUAAUAUCAUUCGAGUACGCCAUAUUAUGAGCUCAUUUUUAAAAACCUAAUAAUUUUUCAGUAGAAUGUAUUCAUAAUAAAUAUAUUAAGUAUUUAUAUUGUUAUUUAAUAUACUGGGCGUUCCAAGUAAUACCUAUGUUACAGUUUUGAGAGUAAGAGUAUUAAGUUCCUAACCAUAUGGCUUAUAUGCCUACUCUUAAAACCGUAAAAUAACAUUUGGAAGACUGUAUAAAAAACAUCGACAAAAAUGACAGUGUUGAAAAAAAAAACCAUUAGUUUUUUUAGACCGCUUAUUAUAAUAUAAUAGAUAAUAAUAGAUAAUAUAUAUUAUAUUAAAUGAUACCUACACACAUUUUGAAAUAAUAUACACUGGAGAUAAUAUACUAAUAUAUAUUGAGGUAUAAAAAUUAUUAUACUGUUCCAAUCCACAGUUCGGGAACCUUUGGUACCUAUACAAUAUAUAAUAUGGUUUUUUAUUUUGUACACAUUUGUUUUUAUGUCGAUUUUUGUUUUAAUAAAAUUUGAGGUAUCUACCUACUCGAAUAAAUGUUAAAAACAUAUAUUAUAAUUUUAAAUAGAUACCUACCUACCUAUAUUUAUACCAGAAAAUUUUCGCGGUUGUAUGUAUUUUUUUUAAAUAGUAACCUGUACCUACUUACUAUUUUCAGUUUCUGAUGUAGUAUUUUUCUCUGAAAAUCUCAGUACAUUGAUAUUGGGUACAUAUUAAUCAAUAAUUAUGUAUGUAAAAGCGUUUAAAAAGUUUAGAUAAAUAAGAUAAAGAAAUAAAUAAUUACAUACUGUUGUUACAAUAUAUUUUUCUGUUCUUCUAAACGCUAAAUGGUUAUACAUAAAUGAUUUAUUGGUUCAUUGUAUGAUAUAUCUAUCCAUAAAAAAUAGAAAUUAAAAUAUAAUCUGCAUUUGAAUAUUUAAAAAAAGAAGUUGCUUUAUAAAAGCUAAACGACCUAGUAACAAAAAUCAAUUUUUUAUUGUUGUCCAAGGAAAUAUAUUUAUGACAAUAAAACUUUAAAGAUUGGUUGACAUAUUAUGUACUUAUAAUCUUAAUAAAAAUCAUAUACUUAUAGUUUAUUUAAAAAACUUUAUUUGUGCAUAUUUUACUGAACAUUCUAUCUGACAUUUAAUAUUAAUUUCUUGACCAAAUAUUUUCUUCUUCUUCACUUUAACCCUGUCAGAAGUAUCUUAUAGCUAAAUAUAUUAUUUCACUAAUACUUAUAUAAAUUGUUUAAGUUAAAAAUGAUCAAUUUAAAACAGCAUUUUUAAUUCCAUAACCGGAACUAUUUAUUUAGUAUUAUUUCUUAUGAUACUUUAUUUUAAAUUAACAAUAAAUCUUAUUUUUUUCUGCUUGAAUAAAAUAAUUAAUAUUAGCAAAUUACCAACAAACUCUGUUAUUGAUUAGUGUUACCUUAUAUUUUAUAUAAAUACAAAUUAAUAUUAUAUACCUAUAUAAUAAUAUAUUGUUAUAUUGAAUGUUUUAUUUAUAAAAUUUUACCAAAGUUAACUUAUUAUUUUGCACUCAUUAAAUCUUUUUCUUACAAUGCAUGUAAAAAGUAAUAAAAAAAUAUAUUAAUGGAGACUUACUCCUUUUAUCAUAUAAUUUUAGCGUCUGCAAUUGUGUACAUAAUAAUAUAUAUUAUAUGAUUCAUAAAUAUUUUGUUAUUUCCUUGUUUCCUAGUAAUUUAUUAAAACAGUUUUUAUUGUUGAUUGUUAUUGUUAUUUAUUUACAUGAAACAAAAAUAUAAUAUAUUUUUAAUCAAUAAUGAACGAAACCCAAGGGUUAUUGAUAAAUAUCUAGGUAUAUCAUUUAUUAUAAUAUAAAUAUAUUGAUAUUGUCUGCCAUAUUCAGUUUUAAAAAAAAUAAAUUAUAUAAAUAUAUCAUUACAUACUUACAUAUAUUAAUAAUAAUAAAUAUAUUUUGUUAGAAAAUCAUGCGUGCUGAUACAUAAAUGUCAACAAAAUAAUUCUUCCUGCUUACUAAUCAUUUUAGUUUACAAGAUAUUAUGAUUUAUUAAUUGAGUUCAUAAUUAAAUACCACAUUUGUUUCAUUUAUGUAAUAUUACAUAAGUUCGUGGUGAGGAUAUUUUGUUACCAAAGGAACGAUUGUAAGUUUAGGAUCCAUAGCGUAAGGUUUUCGCAAUUCAAUAGCAGCAUGAGAUAAUUGUAGGGCACAAUCUGGAUGAGUACCGCCUGGUAAAUUGCUGCAUUCUAAUUCUAAUAGGUCGGCUAUACUGGUUAAUAAAUCAUUGAAGCUGUAAGCAAUUGCAGCUUUUCGGAUCCGAUUUAAUUCCUUAACAAAA